AAGCUCAGGGAGACGCAAUUGAUGUCAGAGAACGCAAGCCGAUGAGGCAUGCUCAAUCCAGCCUGGAGCAGCCGAACACAAACCAGGGGAGGUGGAAAGUAUAUCAUUUGGUGUACUGCUGACAGCAAAGACAGAAGAAAAUAUAAUGAUGGUUUCAUCUCCAUUUGAAUUGCACCUGGUGCACCUGGAUCUCAAGGGAGCUCCACCCAGAGUCUCAUACCUGGCAGAGAUCUUCCCAUUGUUCCAUGUCCUGGGUGCAAAUGGUAUUCUCCUUGAAUAUGAGGAUAUGUACCCUUAUGAUGGAGAACUGAAGCCACUCCAAGCAAAUGAUGCAUACAGUCCCUCUGAGGUUAAAGAGAUUUUAAAGCUGGCAAAGUCACAUGAUUUAGAAGUUAUCCCUUUAAUACAAACAUUUGGACACAUGGAGUUUGUUCUGAAGCACAAAGAAUUCUGCCAUCUCCGGGAAGUGGCAAUGUUCCCCAACACAGUGAACCCCCAUAAAGAGGAUUCCUUGAAAUUGGUUAUUGCAAUGAUAGAGCAAGUAAUGGCACUACAUGACAAUCUCCGAUGGUUUCACAUUGGUUGUGAUGAGGUGUAUUACCUUGGUGAAGGGGAAGAAUCCAAGGAAUGGCUUCAGCAAGAAGAAAAUACUAUUGAAAAAUUGUGCCUAGCCCACAUGAAAGCAGUGGCCAGUCACAUAGUCUCAACCCAUCCCACAGUGAAACCAAUUGUGUGGGAUGACAUGCUGAGGAGAACAAGCAAAGAAACUCUGAGAGAUUCUGGGUUAGCACAACUGAUAGAGCUGAUGAUUUGGGAUUAUUCUCCUGAUCUUGAUGUGGAGAGUAAAGCCAGUCUCAUUGAAAAGUACCAGAAGUGUAACUUCUCAAAAUUCUGGUUUGCUAGUGCCUUUAAAGGAGCCACUGGAGUAAACCAGUGCUUGACACUCAUUGGACAUCAUCUUAAAAACCACAAACAAUGGCUAAAAGUAGCUGAGAGCUGUCCUGCUGGUAUCGUAAGAGGGAUCACUCUGACUGGCUGGCAAAGGUAUGAUCACUUCUCCGUUUUGUGUGAACUUCUGCCUGUGGGAAUUCCAUCCUUAGCCAUAUGUCUCCAAGCAUUAAAAAAUGGUGGCUAUUCAGAAAAAGUGAGAGAAGAUGUAGAAAAAUUACUAGGGCUCUCCCAUUUGGAAAUUGACAGCUUCAUGAGUGACAUCACAGGGACUUUCCCUGGAAAUGAAAUUCUCUCACUUGUGAGUCAAAUUGCAUUUUACCUCAAAUCUUCAAUAGACGAACUUUUGGAAAAUAACAGAUAUGUUACAGGUUGGUUUAGUCCCUAUCACAGAAAAAGAAAGAAGAUCCAUCCCAUAAUGAUUCAUCACUUUCAGCCAGAUGCCAUAAGGCUUCUGACCAAAUGGACUGUUCUAACAGAAGAAUUGCAAACAGCCAUGAAAAAGAUUUUCUACACUACUGCUGUAGAAGAAUGGAUAGAAGAAAAUGUCCAACCAAGCCUUCAAAGACUUCAAGGAACAGUAGAUGAUCUGAACUGUGCAGUACAUGAACUGUCUUAGCAUUUUGAUAUAAGACUUUGUUCAUUGGAAACUCAACUUUCAGCUAGAAUCGAGCAAAUAAAUAAUAGGGUAUGUCCAGAUGAAUUUUAAUAAGCUUGGCAUUAUGAUGAAAGUCUGAGGUUAUAAAAGAUACGAGUCUUCUUUCUAUUAUGCUUCUACACAGUGUAAAGCUAUAUACAUAGUGUAAAAUUUCCAAAUUUAAAAAUCAUGCAAAUACUUCAUAUUUUAAGUAAAUCUUAUUAGUAUGCUUAGAAUAUUUCCCCUGAAGUGUGAGAAAAGUUAAGUAUAAUUUUUCUCUAAGUUCUACCAUCUUCUAAUUAAACUGGUGGACAUUCAGGAUAUAGCAAACGGACUAUUUCAUGCAAUCAAGAAUUUUAAAGAAUUCAUAAAAAAAAGUGAGGAUUAACAUACAGACAACUUAAAAAUGGGCUUGUACGAAUUAACGGAGGACUUUACAUGGGAUUGUAAUGUGUGAGAAAGAGCACAUAAAAAUAAUAUCUUUGAUUUAACUAAGUCUGUUUAUACAUUGGUAAGUAAUUGUGCAUCUGUUAGUUUCUUGAAGCUGUGCAUUUGAACAUUUAGUGAUUUCAGCUACUAUAAAGCACCAACUGUUCCUUUGCCAGAUAUUUAAUACAGGGAAAAUAUGCAAUUUUGUUAAAGCAACUCUUUACUUUUAACUUCAAACAGGCUCCUUUCUAUUUUAAGUAUUAAGGUCAUCCAGGUAAGAACUUUAACUAAAUAGCAUUUUUCAGUAAAUCAAACUGCCUGGCUGAGAUUAGUUUAUAACCCAGAUGUUUAUAAAUAAAUGUUGAACUUCGACUUUUUUCAGAACUAUCUAAAAGAAGAGUGCCUGUCUUAUCCUAGUCAGAGAUAUCAAUCACAUUUCCAAGAUGUUCUCAGAUUGCUUCCAGCAAAAUAUCUUAAUAUUGACCCUAAAUAACCAUCUGUAAUGAGUUGAGAUGAGCAAUGAAUAUUAGGUUCCACGUACCAGAACUGGUGACAGCCUCAUGCCUAAAUUUCCUUGUGCAGCUCACAUUCUCUGACCAUCUCAAAGACACAAGUCUGUUAGAUUCAAUUUGAUACAGAAUCAUUUCUUAUUUUAAUGUUCCAAUUUUAAUCUCAUUUAGAUGGAUAUUUUUUCUAUUGUAUCAAUUUCAGUGAAUUAUUUUUUUAAAUGCACACAUUUGUAGAUACAAAUCUAUUGCUUAAUUAUGCAAGAAAAAAACUUUUAAUUUCUAACGUCCUAUCACCAAGAAACAAGUAUUUAUAGAAUGGAAUUUGUAAUGUUUCCUAAGCCAUUGUUAUUUUUUUUUUUUUAAAGCAAGUUGUUUUAAAAAGGAAGCAUUAAAAUGUAUAUACUAGAGUAUUUGAAUACAUGACAAGAAAUAUUAAUACUGAGUAUGAAACAGCGCAAUAAUUUUUAAAUUAUACAACUGAAAAACCACUUUAUAAAGCACAUCCACUUUCCAAUGAACAUCUUAACACUUUUCAAAUAACCCGACA